AUGAAAACAAAGGAGGAUGGACGGUGAUUCAGAGGAGAAUGGACGGCAGUGUGAAUUUCUAUCGGCCGUGGAAUCAGUACAAGAGAGGAUUUGGGAAUGUGGAGGGAGAAUACUGGCUGGGGCUGGAGAACAUGUACCAGCUGACACGUAACAACAAGUACAUGCUGAGAGUGGAUCUGGAGGACUUUCAAGGAAAUAAAGUGUUUGCUCUGUACUCGUCUUUCUCUGUGGGUCCUGAAGCUGGCGAGUAUAAACUAAAAGUUUCUGGAUUCAAAGAUGGAGGUGCAGGCGACUCUUUAUCUGGCCAUAAUGGAUUCAAGUUCUCCACCUUUGACAAAGACCAAGAUGUCUAUCAAAAUAACUGUGCCAAACUGUAUCUUGGGGGAUUUUGGUACUCAGCCUGUCACGGUACAAACCCCAACGGUAUGUAUUUAUGGGGUGAAGAUUCCACCCUUUACGCCAUUGGAAAUGUUUGGUCAACAUGGAAGGGUUACGCUGUUGGAAUGAAAUCCAUCAGCAUGAAGAUCAAACGUGUGUCUUAGAAACAUUACAGUUCUUCUCAGAAAUAAACAACAAAACAAUCAAUUUAAUGUUUAAUUGUUUCCUGUUUUCUAAUAACUGUGUAACU